GGUCAGCGCGGGUCUUUGAGGCCCAGGACAGUGACCCGGAACUGGUCCGGAYCAUCGACGCUCACAGCCCCGUUGGCAGACUGAUCCAACUCAAAGUGGGAGCUCAGGUCAUGUUAACUAAAAACCUGGAUGUUGGUCGAGGUCUGGUGAACGGAGCACGGGGAGUUGUUCUAGAUUUUGAGACUGGAAAACACGGACUUCCACGUGUGCGCUUCAUGUGUGGGCUCACCGAGGUGCUGAAACCAGAGCGCUGGGUGUUCAAGUCUGCUGGUGGGAUCUUCUUAAGCCGACAGCAGCUGCCUGUCAAACUGGCCUGGGCCAUCUCCAUCCACAAGAGCCAGGCCUCCAUGGACGAUUUUCUCUACAACAACAAAGAGAACGCCUGAAGGAAAGAAUGCUCCUGCACUGURUGCACCAUGUGCACCAUGUGCACGACUCAGUCUGUUACUCUGACAAAGCUGUUUUUGGGACUGCACUGACACUUUGAGCUACACUACCACCUUGUGUUUAAUAAUGUUGCUUUUAUUCACAUGUGAUCUUUUUUAGAUUUUUAUUUAAAUCAGGAUUUUUUUCUUCAUGAAUUCAAUAAAGUUUUAGUCAAACCACAACAGAC